CGUUCGCAUUCCCAACCGUUCGCAUUCCCAUCGUCUUCCGGACUCGCGCAUACGCACACAAGGCGGCCGCGCGCGGCGGGUGAGGGAGAAGAGAAGACUGAAGAGCGGGAGGGGGUGGUCUGAUUGCCGGCAUAGCCUUCUCCGGCGUCGCGGCGAUAGCCCGUCCUCCGAGCUCUCUCCGCCGAAUUUCAAGAAAAGUAAUGGCAACAGUGGAAGGAUGGAACAUCCCAGAGGAUUUAAUCACCAGUGAGAUAUUAACGUGGCUUCCUGUGAAAUCACUCAGGCGGUUUCAAUCUGUUUGCAAGGCUUGGCAUUCUGAAAUAUCUAAUCGCCACUUCAUUGAGUUGCAUAGAGAACGUUCUCAACCAAACAUAUGCAAACUGGUUGGGAGCUGUACAGGUGAUAUCAAAAUCGAACGGCUCACUGAAGAGGGUGACUUGCAACAAUACUACAUGCUGCCAUGGGUGGAUGACCGUGGUUUAGUCACUUCCUCCCGUCAUCUCAUUGUUCUGAGCUACGAGUAUGGCUACCUGCUGUCCAACCCUGCUAUGCGGGACAUAUUCUACAUUCCUCAUGACCCUUGGGAUGAAGCUGACAUCCAUCUCACAGGGUUUGGCUUUGUGUCAUCACUUGGAAAAUACAAGGUGGUCAGCAUAAUACUUGGAUCUGAAGAUAUCUGUGAGGUGUUCACUGUGGGCAUAGACAAUUCAUGGCGGAAAGGAAAAUCACCUCGGUUUCGUAUAUCCGCAUCGUUCCAUAUGCCUUAUCUCAAUGGCAACCUGCAUAUGCUUUCUUCAGAGUGCACCUUUUUUGAGGAGUCCAAGGAUGGGGAUGGGAGAGCACUAUUGUUCAAUCUUGAAGAAGAAGCAUGGAGUGUGAUGGCACUACCAGAUGUGCAAAAGAUGGAUUCUAUGGCUUUUGAAUUGAGAGAAAUGCGUGGCUCGCUCUGUUUUAUUUGUAGGAACCCGGAAAAAAGAAUUGAUCUGUGGAUGCUCAGAGACUAUGCAAGCAACGUAUGGUCUAAGGACUUCGUUAUUGAUGUCACACACUUGCAGGUGAUCAACAGUAAUUGGCUGUUGUUUGGGUUCCCGUUGGAGGUGAUGACUGAUGGAAGGAUCUUUCUAGAGAUGGAGGAUGACCAUUGGUUGUACUAUGAUCCACAGAAUGGAAGCUUCCAGCUAGUAGGCCAUAAGGGCGUCUCGAACACAGUCUAUUCAGAGAACCUUGUGCCGAUUUUGGGCUUCUGAGGCCACCGUUGAAAACUGGGAUUCUACAUAAGGAAUCUUGUGCAUUUUUACGGAUGCUCCUUUAUCAUCAGUUUGCAUCCCUUGGCAACCUAUCAUGAGGGUACUGUGAAAAGUAUAACGUGUGGCCUUCAUUGAAUUUUGUUGUUGUCGCAAACUACUUGUAUAUUUUGUUUGAGGCUGGCGUUAUUCUGCCCUGACUUUUGAACCCUGAGUUCGUUUGAAUGGACAUCUUGCAAAUAGUGAUACUUGUUUCACCAA